AUGGACAAUCCAACAUGCUGCAACCCUUCAACCUCAACAGAUGCGGUGGUAAUCGAUGGUGACGAACAGUAUCUUAUGCCAUCGGAUAGUGGCUGUACGAAAGCACCUUUGCGCUUUGAAAUGCUUCCAGAAAAUGCUAUCAAGCAAAUCUACAAGAAUCUACAUUACAAGGAUGUUUUACGAUCUCAUCGAAUAUGCAAAAGAGUUCGAAAUGUGCUGCAAAGAAAUGCACACUAUUUAAGUCGCCCAAAAAUUUUUGAACUUAGCAUUAAAAUGGGAUUGGUUGAGCAACGAAAUCGGCCUAUUGGACGCCUACAGAUGCCAACAACAGUUUGCAGCAAAAAGAUGCAAAGAAGAUUAAAUAUAAUGUAUUUACGAAAACGGCAAUCUACCGACUGUCAAAAAGAAUUUGUUCUUCGGGAGACCAUUGAAGGAGAUCAAUAUGAAUUGUCACCACUUUUUCUGGAGUGCCUUGAUAAUCACAUGAAAAAGUUGAUCAUUGCUGGACGUCUUUCAUUCACCGGUAUAGCUAUUAACAAGAAGCUGUAUGAACGUUUGAUGCAAAAAUGGGUGCGAAUCAGGUUUCGACUAGAUGCCAAAUGUUUUCGGAACCUGUUGGCUGUAACAAACUGUCGAAAGUUAAAUAUCGAGUUGUCGCAUUUUGAUGAUCAGAUAAUGAAUGAUUUUGUGCUACAAGGAAUGGCAGAGUGCAGUGAAAUGUCUGCAGGUGGAACAUAUCCGAAAUUUUAUGCAGGCUUAACAGAUCGAAUUUUGAAUCAUUGGGCUACACAAAAAACCCUUCCAAGGCGUAUCCUUUUCCACAAUGUUUACGGCAACUUUACCCUGUCUGGAGUAUUGGCAAUGAUCAAUGCUUUAUACGAAAAAUCGUCAAAAUGUGCUGAAGAUACCGAGAGUUGUUUGGAGGAACAAAAAUACGAAUGGAAUUUUGGCUAUGUUAGUUAUUCUGGCGAAACGGAGAGCCUUCUGGAAAUGUUGUCAUUACCCGGUCAUGUAUUGCAUACAACACAUUUUGCCUAUUUGCCAAACACAGUCGACGUAACCCUAACAGCAAAAGAACCCUUCCAUAAUAUAUCCAAUUGUUGCUUUAAAUGUUUACCUGUUAUAAAAUUUCAGCUCGUUUUGAAUCGUUUAAAAACAAAUUGA